AUGACACUGAUAUCUCCUACUACGAAAGGGCAAGAUGUUGGAAUCCUCCAUCCGAAAGUACUACUAUUCUCCGCAGGUAUUGCUGUUUCGGCAAUAUUGGGGUAUCGCAUAUAUAGACGGUAUUUCAAGAGAAUUCGAACAAUACUUGAUCUCACUCCCGAGAUUCUUGAAGACAACCAAAAGUUAUAUGGAUAUGUUACUCGUGUAGGAGACGGAGAUAACUUUCGGUUUUACCAUACUCCAGGUGGGUGGCUUCUUGGUUGGGGCUGGUUGAGACAUGUUCCCCUUAAGAAUAAGAUAAUUAUGCGUGAUGAGACUUUAAUGAUUAGAUUAUGUGGCGUUGAUGCCCCAGAACGCGCUCAUUUUGGUAAACCCGCCCAACCAUUUAGUGAAGAUGCUUUGGAGUGGUUGAGAAAUUAUGUUUACGGGAGAUAUGUGACUAUCACGCCGUAUCUGAUUGACCAGUAUAAAAGAAUAGUAGCUCGGUGUCAAGUCUGGAAAUGGUCAGGUAAAAAGGAUGUGUCAGCUGAGAUGUUGAAGAAUGGUGUCGCGAUUGUUUACGAAGGGAAAGCAAAUGCGGAAUUUGGAGACUGUGAGGAUUGGUACCGACGGUUAGAAAAAAGAGCCAAGUGGUUCAAAAGAGGUGUCUGGUCUUUAGGUUCGAAAAUGAUAACUCCAGGAGACUUCAAGAGGGUUCAUUAUCGGGGAGAAUAA